AUGGACGAAUUAAAUUCUUUUGAUAUUACAAAAUCUUUAUUACAAGAAAUGUGUACAUUUUUAAAAACCGUGUGCAAACAUCUGCCCAAACACUAUCAAGCGCAAGCUGAAUUAUUAAUUAAAAAGAGCAAUAAUGCAUUCACUAAAAAUAUGAAUUUCAAAAGUGAAUACUACAUUGAUAUGAAUGCUAAAAAUGGAUCUUUUAAUAAUGUGAUAGAAACUUUAAGUAGUGAUUACUCAGACACUUAUGUUGAAGCAGUGACCACCGCACCAAGUGAAUAUGAAACUCCUGGGGCAGUUAUCGACCUCAAACAAAUUAGACAGACAAAUAACGAUGACGAAUGCCCUUAUGCGAACAAAUCAUACACAGAUUUAAAAGAAAAAUCACCACCGAUGGCUGGAAUUUUACGACGUGGUCGAAAAUUAUUUGGGUUCUGUUCACGAAAAUAUUUCGUUAUAAUCAAAGAAAAUUGGCUCCUAUUAUACUUAUCGGAAAAAGAUGAAUCACCAGCACAUAUUUGUAAUUUAUUCACUCAUGAAAUAAUUCCUGAUACAAAAAACGAAAAAUCAUUUUCAAUAAAAGAUAACGAUGAAAAAUUAUAUACAUUCAUGACGAGAAAUUCCAAAGAACGGGAACAAUGGAUAACACAUAUUAACGAGAAAAUUUUAUGUAAAAACACAAAUGAAAAAUUAACGAGUCAACCAUCGUUACCAAAAAGUCGAAGUCGUAAACUACCGUUAAUACCUACAACACAACCAACCGCCACAAUUAAUAACAGUCGAAAAUUAUAUCCCACAUAUGCGCGCGCAACUGUAAAUACAGAGCCUUCAUCAAACAUAUCAUCCGAUAUUUACACGGAUUUGGAUACUUCGCAAUCCCAAGAAUAUGCCCAAGUUAGUAUAAGUGAAACCAGCAAUCAAAGGAAAAUCGAAGAAGAAGAAAAUAAUUAUACGGAAGCUGAAUCGAUAGUGAUGUGCGGAAAAGUCCACAGUAUUGAUGCAUCAACUUACGAGACAAUUACUGUUCCCGGUUCCCCACAAUAUCAAAAUGCGAAUAAAUAUUUUCAUUGAUUUCAAACACAUAAUCUGCCGAAAACGUACACGCAUGACUUUUGACAAGAUUUUCAGUUU